AUGAAGAACUCAUUCUUUAGUUCAAUGGCAAAGUUUGCCUCACUUUCUUUAGCUGUGGCAUUGCCAACAGCAGAAGUUAUCCCAUCCGCUCUUGAAGCACGUCAAAGUUGUGCCAAUAUUGCAACAACCAGGAGUGUGACUAGAGGGUACUGGCUGGUCGUCCAGAACACAACUCUCAGUGCUGAUGGAGUUGCUUGCCCGACUCUUAACUUCGAUGGUACCACCCCGGGACCUCAAAUCACGGCAGACUGGGGUGAUAAUGUUAUCGUCCACGCUACGAAUAAACUCACUGACAACGGAACAUCGAUUCACUGGCAUGGUAUCAGACAGUUGAACAACGCUCAGUAUGACGGAGUUCCAGGUAUCACACAAUGCCCAAUUGCUCCUGGGGAUACUCUCACAUACAAGUUUUACGCAGGCAACUAUGGUAGCUCCUGGUAUCACUCCCAUUUUAUUCUUCAAUAUGGUGAUGGAUUCUUCGGCCCACUCGUUAUUAACGGCCCUGCAACCGCCAACUACGAUGUUGAUCUUGGUAUGCUGUUUUGGAAUUACUGGAAUCACGUACCUGUUCAAUCACUCUGGGACAAAGCCAAGACUGGAGCACCACCAACACUCUUGACUGGUCUUAUGAACGGCAUCAACACAUAUAAUGGAGCUGGUAAAAAGUUUCAAACUACUUUUAAAUCAGGCAUGAAGUACCGCAUCAGAGUGGUCAGCACAGCUGUCGACGGCCAUUUCCAAUUUUCUACCGAUGGCCACAGCUUCCAAGUCAUAGCAAUGGACUUUGUACCGAUUGUUCAAGGCACCGGAGUCUAUACCGCUACCACCGCACUCAAUCUCGUGAACCCACCCCGUCGCGACGUGAUGACACUUCCCAACGGCGGACAUCUAGUCAUCGCUUUCCAAAUCGAUAACCCUGGUUCUUGGCUCAUGCACUGCCAUGUCGCAUGGCACGCAUCUGAGGGUCUAGCUUUACAAGUUGUCGAGAGCGAGGGUAAAAUUCUACCGACGAUUGGAACGGCUGGUGUGUCUACCUUCCAAGACACGUGUGCAGCUUGGAAUGCUUGGACUCCUACUGAACCUUUCCCACAAGAUGACUCUGGAAUUUAA